ACACAGCGACCAACUGAAUCCAGGGUGUAGCCGAAUUUUCAUCGCGGGGAUGUUCAAGUUGACUUUGUUAGCGGCGCUAGUCGCUAUUUGCGUAGCGCAGAGCACAUCGUUCUCCGGAAGUCGCACCGCCGACAUGGACUUCCUCCAUAAGCAGAAGAAGAUCUUCGAUCUGUUGCUGUACGUUAGACAGGCAGACCUAAGCGAUGCUGAAUGGUAUGACAUAGGAAGGAACUACAACGUGGAAACAAAUAUGGACAUGUACAAAGACAAGAAUGUCGUACAAAAGUUCUUUUGGUGGUACAAGCAAGGAAUGUUCCUUGUCCGUGAUGCCAUCUUCACACCAUUCAACACCGAGCACAUGUACGAAAUGAGAAUGCUGUUCGAGUUGUUCUACAACGCCAAGGACUUCCAAACGUUCUACAAAACUGCUUGUUGGGCCCGACUUCACAUGAACAGCGACAUGUUCACUACGGCGUUCUCCGUUGCCGUGUUCUACAGAAGCGACUGCAAAUACAUGAGACUGCCAGCCAUCUACGAGAUCUACCCUAACUAUUUCUUCGAUUCAAGCGUGAUACAAGAAGCACAGUACUUGAAGAUGUCUCAAGGAACUGGUGCCGGAAUGGGCAACAUCGAAACUUACGUAGUGACCGCCAACUACUCGAGCAGUUACAUGAUGCCAUACAUGGACGACGAAUAUAAACUCGACUACUUCAUGGAGGAUAUCGGAAUGAACGCGUAUUACUACUACAUCCGACAGAUAUUCCCCUUCUGGAUGUCCAGCAGCAAAUACAACAUGCCUAAAGAGAUACGUGGACAAUUUUAUUAUUUCAUCCACCAGCAGUUAUUGGCUAGGUACUUCCUUGAACGAAUGUCAAACGACCUUGGUAAAAUAGAGGACUUCGACUGGAACAAGUCAAUCUACCCUGGAUACUUCUCCACGAUGAUGUACCCCAAUGGCAUACCUUUCCCACAAAGAGACAGAUAUUCGGCUCUACCCUAUUAUAAAUACAAGUAUCUUAAGGAAAUCAAUGCCCUGGAGUUGCGUAUAAUGGACGCCAUCGACUCUGGCUAUCUGAUAGACCAAUAUGGAAAGAAGGUAGACAUCUACACAUCGGAAGGUUUGAACAUACUCGGCAACGUGAUAGAAGGGAAUGUAGACUCUUGUAACACCAGAUUCUACGGCAUGUACGACGCACUUGCACGCGACAUCCUUGGCUUCAACUUCGACUUCUACAACAAGAACAAGGUGAUCCCCAGCGUCCUGCAAUCCUACUGUACCAGCAUGAGAGAUCCGGCAUUCUAUAUGCUUUACAAAAAGAUCAUGACUUACUUCUUCAGAUACAAGAAAUUCCAGCCUCAGUACUCUCAGAGCGAACUGCAAGUGCCAGGUGUGAAAUUCGAAUCCGUGAAUAUCGACAAACUGAACACGUACUUCGACACCUGCGACACUCUGAUCAGCAAUGCAGUAUCAGUGGAUAGCUUCAAGAGUGGAAUGUACCUUCGUCUGAAGGCACGACGCGCUUGCCUCAACUACCAGCCGUUCACCUACAAAAUCAACAUCAAUUCUGACAAAGAAAUGAAGGGAAUGCUGAGAAUCUUCCUUGGACCAGCCUUCGACGAGGUGCAACAGGAUAUGAUCUACUUACAGAAGUACCAUUACUACUUCGUGGAAAUGGACAGAUUCGCCGUGAACCUCCAUUCUGGAAGCAACAGCAUCGAACGUCACAGCUCGGAGUCCCUCAACACUGCACCUGGCAUGAUGUCAAGUGACAUAUACUACGACAAACUGAACAAGGCAAUCAGUGGAAGCGAGCCGUUCACGUACUCCGAAAGGAUGUUCGGUUUCCCAGAACGCUUCACUCUGCCACGUGGUAAACCAGAAGGUUUAAGGUACAAGAUGUUCUUCUUCCUGAGCUCGUUGGAAGAAAACAGCAUGAACUCGUACGAAAUGCCUCUGUAUGGGAAAAUGAUGUUCGACAACAUGCCAUUCGGAUUCCCAUUGGACAGACCCAUGUUCGCAUGGAACUACACUAUUCCUAACAUGUUCUUCAAGGACGUGUACAUUUACAAUCGUCCUUACGAAAAAGAAAGGAUGAAUUACUAAACCGAUGAGAUUUUUAUAAACAGUGUUUUCCCUUUAUCGAUUGUUAACGAUCUUGCAAAAGAUUCUUCGAAUAAAGAAUUCUGAAUGAAACGAA